AUGAGCUCAAAAGACGACCUGCUCGCUCAGGCAGUCGAAAAUGAUUCAAACUACAAAGAGCGUCUAGCGCUAAUCAAAUCAAAUGAUUCAAUCGAUGCGAAGCUUGGAUUCGUCCGUUACACUGGAAUACAAGAGAAAAAAGGAUUUUUGAUAAAUAUUCAACCGUCAGAGCUUGUCGAUGAACAAACGAAAAUCAUCGUCUCAGUUGUCGACUAUUUCUUCAUUAGUGAUAUGGAUGAACGAUUCAAAAUCAGUUAUCCGUUCCGCCCGUAUUUCUACAUUGCAACGUUAGAUGGGUUCGAAUUCCAGGUUUCUAGCUAUUUAUCAAAGAAGUAUGGAGCUCAGACUGCUGUUGAGCAUAUGGAUAAAGAAGAUUUGGAUUUGAAAGACCAUCUCUCCGGCAUCAAAAAGACAUAUAUCAAGCUUUCGUUUGCAAGUACCGUCGAAUUGAUGAAGGUCCGAAAGGAUUUGAUGCCUCUCGUUCGCAAAAACACAGAUCGAAUCAAAAAGGAGUCUGCUUAUGCUGAUUAUCUCGCGAAAAAUCUUGGUGGAAAAGGGUGCGGAGCGUCGGGAAGUGAUCUCAUAGAUGGUGAUAUUCUGAAUCAAAUAGUUGAUAUUCGUGAGUACGACGUGCCAUUCCAUAUGAGAGUUUCGAUUGAUGAGAAGAUUUUCGUUGGAUUAUGGUAUGAUGUGAAAGGAGUCGGACCGAAUCGAGUGCCAACGAUAAAGAGAAAAGAUUUGGCAUUUUUCCAUGCUAAACCCAAAGUUCUCGCGUUUGAUAUCGAAACGACGAAACUUCCGUUGAAAUUCCCGGAUCGAGAAAGUGAUGAAAUCAUGAUGAUCUCUUACAUGGUUGAUGGGCGUGGCUUCUUGAUUAUUAAUCGAGAGAUCGUCUCAGCGGACAUCAAUGCGUUCGAGUAUACACCAAAAGCAGAGUAUAAAGGAGAGUUUACUGUGUGGAAUGAGAAGGAUGAGACUGCGUUGAUCCGAAAGUUUUUCGAUCAUUUUUUGCAGGUCCGCCCAAACAUCGUUGUCACCUAUAACGGUGACUUCUUCGAUUGGCCGUUCGUCGAAGCGCGCGCCAAGAUUCGUGGAUUCAAUAUGGAGAGAGAAAUCGGGUUCUCGAAAGACUCUGCAGACGAGUACAAAUCUAGAAACUGUAUCCAUAUGGACGCUUUUCGAUGGGUAAAAAGAGAUUCCUAUCUUCCAGUCGGAAGCCAGAAUCUGAAAGCUGUCACCAAGGCAAAGUUGAGAUAUGAUCCAGUUGAAGUGGAACCAGAGUUAAUGUGUAAAAUGGCAAGAGAGCAGCCACAACAACUGGCAAACUACUCCGUAUCCGACGCCGUCUCCACCUACUAUCUUUACAUGAAAUACGUUCAUCAAUUCAUCUUCGCCCUCUGCACAAUUAUCCCUCUAGGUGCUGAUGAUGUGUUGAGAAAAGGUUCCGGAACUCUUUGUGAAGCACUGUUGAUGGUUGAAGCAUUCCAUAAUAAUAUUGUAUUCCCCAACAAGUACACCGGCCCAGAAGAGACGAAAUUCAGUAAAGAGGGACAUCGAGUGGAGAGUGAGACUUAUGUUGGAGGACAUGUCGAAGCAUUGGAAGCCGGAGUUUUCAGAGCGGAUAUUCCAGCUAGAUUCCGUCUCGCUGUACCCGCUUUAGAACAACUGAAAUCCGAGGCCAAAGAGACUCUCCGCAAGGAAUUGGCACGUGAAUUCGAAGUUACACUCGAUCAAGUCAUCGAUUUCGAGGAGCAGUGUAGUGAAGUCGAGGAGGCAUUCAAUGGAUUGAUUGAAGUGCCAACACGUCUUGAGAAUCCACGUAUUUACCAUUUGGAUGUCGGUGCGAUGUAUCCGAAUAUCAUUUUGACAAACCGAUUACAGCCAUGCGCUAUGGUGAACGAGGAGAUUUGUAUGGGAUGCUCUUUCAACAAACCGGAUGCCGAGUGCAAACGGACAAUGGCUUGGGAAUGGAGAGGAGAACUCCUCCCCGCGUCUCGUGGAGAAUAUCAACAAAUCAUGCAACAACUCGAAGCCGAAUCAUUCGGAAAACCUCCGAAACACUUCCAUAUGCUUGAAAGAUCCGAGAGGGAGGCUAUCGAAAUGAAACGUGUCAAGGAUUACUGUAGAAGGGUGUAUGGAAAGACACAUUUGACAAAAAACGAAAUGAGAGAGACGACUAUCUGUCAGAGGGAAAAUCAUUUCUAUGUGGAGACGGUGAAGGCGUUCAGAGAUCGACGAUAUGAGUACAAGGAUAUGUUGAAGAAAGCAAAGGGACGGUUCGAUCAAGCACAGGCGAGCAAUGAUUUGGCGACAGUGGCCACUGCUAAAUUAGAAAUGGUUCUCUACGAAUCACUUCAACUCGCUCACAAAUGUAUUCUCAACUCAUUCUACGGUUAUGUGAUGCGUAAAGGAUCCCGUUGGUACUCGAUGGAAAUGGCUGGAAUUGUGUGUCACACUGGAGCAAAUAUCAUCAAAGAGGCAACAAAAUUGGUAGAUCAAAUUGGAAAACCACUAGAAUUGGAUACAGAUGGAAUUUGGUGUCUAAUUCCGGCGUCUUUUCCGGAAAAUGUGACGUUUAAGCUGAAGAAUCAUAAGAGGAAUUCGGUGACGGUUUCGUAUCCAGGUGCCAUGUUAAACGCUCUCGUCUACGAAGGCUUCACCAAUCACCAAUACCAUACCCUGGAAAAAGACGGGUCCUACUUGAAAUCUUCUGAAAAUUCAAUCUAUUUCGAAGUGGACGGUCCAUACCAAUGUAUGGUGCUGCCAGCUUCCAAAGAAGAGGGAAAGAAAUUGAAAAAGCGGUAUGCUGUAUUCAAUUUGGAUGGUUCGAUGGCAGAAAUGAAGGGAUUCGAAUUGAAGCGGCGUGGAGAGUUGAAUAUUAUCAAACAUUUCCAGAGCCAUGUUUUCAAAACGUUCCUUGUCGGAAAAACUCUCGAAGAAACAUACAAAGCAGUGGCAGGAGAUGCGAAUCACUGGCUUGAUAUUCUUCACACUCAUGGUGCUGACAUUACUGAUGAUGAGCUGUUCGAUUUGAUCUCUGAAAAUCGUAGUAUGUCUCGGAAGCUGGAAGAGUAUGGAUCACAGAAAAGUACAUCGAUUAGUACUGCGAAACGACUGGCCGAAUUUCUUGGAGAUGAUAUGGUGAAAGAUGCGGGACUCGCUUGUAUGUUCAUCAUCUCCAGACACCCAAUUGGGUCACCUGUCACUGAUAGAGCUAUCCCAGUGGCGAUUUUCAAGGCGGAACCCAAAGUUCGAAGUCAUUAUAUUCGGAAAUGGACGAAACAGUCGGAUUUCGAUGAGGAUACGGAUAUUAGGGACAUGUUGGAUUGGGAUUACUAUAUUGAGCGAUUCGGAAGUUGUAUUCAGAAGAUUAUCACGAUUCCAGCUGCUUAUCAAGGGGUGGUGAACCCGGUGCCUAGAGUACCCCAUCCGGAUUGGUUGCAGAAUAAAAUUCGGAAUAAUCAACCAAUGCAGCGAAAAAUGGACAAAAUCAAUGUACAAGUCAAGGAAAGCAUUUCAGGUUUCUACUUCUACGUCUUGAGAGCAGCUGAAAUUGUGAAUCUUCGGCUCGACUUCACCUCAGAAACGCUUCUUCGAAAUUCAGUAAUCGAUGCUCACAAGCAACCCCGAAUCAAUCAGAUCUUUGCUGCCUGCCAAAAACCCACUACCACUUUAGAAAACGGAAAACGUCGUCGAACGCCUUCAGGCGAUAACGACGAUUCAGAUGACGUUGUGGCUAUUGAAGGUUCUGAUUUUCAAAAUGAGGAGGACAAGGAGAAUGGUGCGAAGCGUCAGAAGUCUGCUGUUUCAAAGAUUCCAAAGCCCAAGGAAGCCGAAGCGCCGCUGGGAAAGAAGACGUUGAUUGAUCAUGGCUUUGAUGAAUGGAUGGGUUUCCUCAAAAAGAAGUGGCGAAUUCAACGAAAAGAGCGAAAAACUCUUCUGAAGUCUCGAGAUUCUGACACCGUGGAAUCCAUCGUACGCGGCACCCGCGAAGCUGAAAGUGAACGGGAAUGGCAUAUUUUGAGUGUGGAACCCACUGCUGACACAUCAUUCUUCAAUGUCUGGUUGUCAGUGCAGGGACAGCUACAGAAGGUGACCAUGAAAAUCGGAAGAAAGAUUCUGGUGGAUUCAAGAGCGCCACGUGGCAAUCGGGAAACCGUGAGAAGGACGUUGCCACAUCAUAAGCCACCUGGAUUCUUAUACGAAUUCAAGACGGAUGAGGCACAGCUGACUGCGCUGAUGGAUAAACUCUAUUCGGAGACUUGUAGCUCGACUAUCGAUGGAAUUUAUGAAUCAGAAGUUCCCACAGAGUUCCGAGCGGUACUUCAACUAGGUUCUACCGUUAGACCGGAUCAUGGAGUAUCCCUAGGUCACCAACUAACUCUGGAUUGUUUGAGGCCUAUUGAAAAGAUGAGUUAUCUCUCGAAUGAGCAGAAUAUUCGAACGAUUUUCCUAUACAAGUUCUCACAAGAUUCGCGUCACGUCUACUCUCUCAUUGACACUUCUGGAAGUGCUGCCUACUUUUAUAUUGUAAAUUCUGGAGAUGUUCAACUACCCAAUAUGGAUGCCCUCUAUACAUCAGCCUAUAACAAAAUGAUGUCAACAGAACGUGGACAACUCUGCAAGACACCCGAAAAGAUCUCAUUCACCGUGAAACGAUUCAGUUCGAGUCAAGAGUGUGAGCGACAAGUUGGACGAGCACUCAGAGCGUUCCGCGAGUUCUCCUCGAAAACUACCGUAUGCCUGAGUCUUUCGGAUACGGAGCCAAGCAGACUUGCCAGAAAGAUUCCGAAUCUCGGACUGUUCCCGAAUGUACGAUUGCAUCUAACUGAGCCUUCAUCACUUCUCAAUCAGAUAGAUUGGCAGAAAGUGGUGGCGAGACGAGUCCUCCAACACUACUUCAAUAGCUUCUUUUUCCUCACGGAUUACCUCGAAUGGGCGAAAUAUCUUCGUGUGCCAAUAGGAAACCUGCCUGCUGACCACGCCCUCUUCGGAUUGGAUCUUCUCUACGCUAGACAUCUUCAGAAGACUGGCCACGCCCUCUGGGCUACCAAAGCAAGUCGACCGGAUCUAGGAGGCAAGGAACUCGAUGAUAUUCGAUUAUCGAUUGAUUGGAAUCCCUUGUCGGUGGAUGAUACGGUACUUUUGAAUCGAGAGGUGUUCUGUGAUACGGCGUGUGUAGAGUUGCAACUCAGUGCUGUCGCUGUCACAGCGUUGGUGCAGAGAAGUCGAGUUUUGGAGGCGGAAGGAGCCGAUGAUGUGGUCACUUUCGAUUCUAUGAAUACAAUUGCACAGCAGUCGAUUACAGGAGGAACUGUCAACGCCAUAGCGUGCUACGACGAAGGUGCCGCCGUUGACGCUUCCAUAAAGAUUCUGAAGCAAAUGCUCACAGAAUGCGUCCGCCACAUUGCCCACCAAGGAAAUCGACACGCAGAUGAAGUGGUGAUGACUGUAUCCAGAUGGCUGAAUACUCGUUCCGCGCUCCUCUUCGAUUCAGCACUGACUCGAAGUAUUUCAGUGUUGGAGAGUAAACUCGUCCUCCUUUUGUGUGCUGAAUGUGAGAGAAUCGGUGCGAAAGUGGUACAUGCGACUGCGCAGAAGUUGGUGUUGAACACUGGAAAACUGACGAGUGACGAGGCGAAGGGAUUCGUUGAGAUGUUGAUUCAGUCGCUGAGUACGAAUGUGGUGUUCGCUGCUCUUCAUAUUACACCUGUCAAGUUUUUCGAUGCGAUGCUUUGGAUGGAUGCACAUAAUCAUACAGGAAUUAGAAUCUCACAGAAGGAUGAACCAGAAUCCGCUGACAUCAUCGAUGACUCCGAGCCCGCCGAAUCAUCCGACGAACCACAAUACGAAACCACAGCAAUAUGGAAAAUCGCCGAAGAAAUGCCAGACGAAUCGAAUAUACGCGAAGAAUUCCUACAAAUGAUCGGUGCCUACAUUCUCGAAUUUCUCGAGACCAACCGAGAAAUGCAAUUCGAUUCGGAAUCCGCGGCUACGUUCCGUGCCGAUACCAUCUCUCAGAAGAUCUCACAUCGAUUGUAUCGUGUCGUCAAUAAGCUAGUUCAUUCGAGUGCUGCUGAAAGUGCUCAUUGUGCCACGUAUCUGGUCGACUCGCUUUGCCGCGCACUUUCUUGUGAUCAAACAUCCCAAUUGGCUGUGGAAGGUGUAAGGGAGAAUGCGAAACGUCUGCUGCAUAAUGUUGUUGUGGAAGUCGACAUGACACCCCUUCGCUCGACUACACUUUUCGUCUCGAACGUCUUCUGUAACUCGUGCUCUCAGGCAUCAAAUGUGUUCCUCUCGUCUACAAAUGAAAUAUUGACAUGUCAUACAUGUCAAAGUAAACUGAAUUCUGACGUCAUCGACAUGAUGAUUUGUGAUCGUCUGAAUCAGUUGCUCACCGCCUACCAAAUUCAGGAUCAUCAGUGUUCCAAGUGUAAAUCGGUCCGACACGAUUCUCUCUCGCUCUACUGUGAAUGUUGUUCUCCGUUCGUCCCACAAAUCACACCGUCCCAACUGAAACACGAGGCGGCCACCGUCGAAACUGUGGCGAACGUUCGAAAUUUCGCGCUGAGCUCCGAACUUGCCACGUGGAUUUUGAAAAUGUUAUGA